UCUGUGGACGAUGUCAUGAUUGCGUCGCGACAGAAUGUUCGUUCCAGGGGGUUCCGAGCAGCAUUGACCCCGCCUCUUUUGCUUGGUCUCUCCUCAGCCACCUCGGAUGGUUCUCGCGAGGGAUUGGAGAGCAUGAAAGGAGGGGCGUGUCUAAACAAGGGCAUGAAGGUGGUCCUGAAAGUCGGACAGAAUCCCAAUGGUAUGGGCCCCGACCCCCAGAAGCCGAACCCAGAUCUCUUGCCAGGACAGCCUCCGGCGCCAGACCCUAACCGGGUCCCGGGCAAAGACAAGGCCUCAGAUCCUUCAGGGAACUCAACAAAGCAGGGAGGCGGGGAAAACGGGCCCUUCCCCCCUUCCAACAUUCCCAUCAUCGCCGGCGCGGCCGGAGGCUCCGCCUUCCUGCUCAUCAUCGCCAUCAUCAUCGCCGUGGUUUGCUACCGGAGACGCCAGUCGAAGCACUCGGACAGCCACCACCCGCCCCUCUCUCUCUCCACUCUCACCAGCCCCAAAAGGGGCGGGAACAACAACGGUUCGGAACCCAGCGACAUCAUAAUCCCGCUACGGACUUCCGACAGCGCGUUCUGUCCCCACUACGAGAAAGUGAGCGGCGAUUAUGGCCACCCUGUUUACAUCGUCCAGGAAAUGCCUCCUCAAAGCCCAGCUAAUAUUUAUUAUAAAGUGUGAAGACAGUUUGACACUGUGGGAUUGAUAUGGCUAUUGUUCUUUUGGUUUUUUUUGUUAUUUUUUUUAACGCUGAUACGGUGGCGUUUUUUAUUGCCACUAUUUUUACGUUGUUUUCUGUAUGACGGGGAACUUAAGCGUCUGUUUUUGUCUUAGAAUUUCGUGGUUUCUCUUCGUUGUUUUGAAGUUGUCGGUUAUGCUGUCUUUUUCCUUUAAAGAGGAACUUCUGCAGAGAAACGGAAAAAUGACUGCGAAAAAGGAUUUUGUUUUCGAAUGAGGAACGCCGAAUCAUAGACGUUUUUCAUCUUGGGUUUUCUUAACCAGCGUCAGCCCCGCCCCUCUGUGAUCAUAUACCACCUCGUUCGAAUCGAUGACGGUGCAGACUGAACAGAAAACCGAAGACUUCGAGUCAACCUCGCCAAGGGCUUUUCUCUACGAGGAACGUGAAUCAGAUUCCAGAAAAAAAAAACAUUUCCGAAAACGAAAGCCGCCGCUGUUUAUCCCUGCAUUUUCAAUGGGAAACAGCUGGAAAAGGUGCAUAAAAAAAUAAAAUAAAUAAUAAUAAUAAAUUCGGACAAUCAGAGUGUUGAUGAGAAUACAGUAUAUUGAGGAUCGUGGAUUGAGUUGUAUUUUGUAGAACGACGGCAGGAUCAUCCUUAAAGCAAUCUCUCCUCUUUCCAUUUAUGGAAUUCUGUAUAGCGAAAUGAUUCUAAUACAGUACGCGACCCCCCCCCCUCGGCAUAAACUCCAAUCCAAAGAAUAUGCAAAAAAAAAAAGGGGGGGGGCAACUGUAUUUUAUUGUCAACUCUCCAAACUAGGCUGGCUGCACGCAAGUGUUGAAUAAGAGAGGUUACCAAAUCCGGGUUUAUCGGAGUGGAAACUUAGAUUCAGAACUGUACAGGUCAAUAACACAGCCCUUGUACGAGCGAUAAGCCGGGUUUACUGCACAACAAGACCUUCGGAAGUCUACACUCCCCCCCCAAAACAGCGCCCCCUGGUGCAUUGGAGGUCUAACGGCAACGAUUCAAGUCCAGAAGUCCCAGGUGGUGCCACCUGGAGUUCACAUGAGCAGCCACUGGACGUCUUUUUCAGGUGUUUUUUGGUACUUUAACUGCUUCAAACACAAACCCUGUGAUGACGUCAGACACUGGAGCGGAUGCAUUAUUAAUAUGGAUAUAGAUGUGGUCUCUCCCCCCGGAUCUCCCCCAUUGUUUCUGGUCGGUCCGCACUGUAAUGUGUUCCCUUGCUGAGGGGAGGGUGUGUUUUGAAGGCGGUUCGUGGGUCGACGGGAAAUGAAAUGGUGUUGGAUUCCUGGGCAGUGCCAGCGCUGUGGGUAACAGAGCUCUGGCGGAAGUGGGCAUAUGUGUGUGUGAUGUGCCAAUGCUGUUUACUGAGACAAGAGGCUGGUGUUUGUACAUUGGCUCAGACUCGGAUUGCUUAGGCAGUAACACCUUUUAUUUUUUUUUCUUCAAAACGUCAUCAACACCACCCCUCUCUCUCUCUCUCACAACUCUUUCUCUCAUCUCUCUCUCCUCUCUCUCACACCUCUUUCUCUCUCCUCUCUCACAUCUCCUCUAUCUCACCUCUCUCUCUCCUCUCUCUCCUCCCUCUCUAUCUAUCUCUCUCUCUCCUCCCUCUCCUCGCUCCUCUCCUCUUUCUCUCCUCUCCUCUCUCACCUCUCCCUCUUUCUCUCCUCUACUCUCUCCUCUCUCUCACCUCUAUCUCUCACUUCCCUGCACUCCCUUAUCAGCAGUGAUGACUGUUGCCUGGCAACGGUAACUAUGACCUCAGCAUCCCAGCUGCGUUGUUGUGAUUGCGAUAACCCCCCCCCCCCCCACACACACACAAACGAGGGUCUCACUGACUCACUCCCUGAUGGCUGGAUGCACUCGGGUUGCCAUGGCGACAGUCAGCAUCUAUUUUCAACUUUGCUACGCACACACACACACGCACACACCUCAGUGAACAGAUGACAGAAAUACUAUUCUUUCAUUCUUUCAUCCUUUCUUUUCUUCCAAUAAUAAUGAUAAUUUCAACAAUCAAAGAGUCUGAAGCUUCAAUUCUCAUUUGAAUGAUUUGAAAAGCUAUUAAAAUGACAAGUGGAUUCAUCAUGAGGGUCCAUACAUUAUGAUGUGGUACAGGACUGGCUAGGGUUAGGGUGAGUUCUCCCAUAGUAAAAAUACUUCAUGAACUCCCAGCAGGAAAUUGGCUGCAAUUUACGAUUAAGUAGAGGAUUUGAAAAUGCCAAAUUUGUUAAAAAAAAAAAAAAGCAAGCCAGAUGUUUACAUCUCAAAGCUGUGCACACAUUUUUUUUCUUAAUUUGAUUUUUUAAAAACCUGUUUUGUUCACAAAUAAACUAAAUUUGACAUUAUCCUGCCACACCGCUACUGGAAAAGGUAAUCCCAUAAAAGUGGGUUGUGAUUGGUUGUUCACAUGGCAACCGAAAAAAAACAAAGGCCGCCCAUUGCACAUGCUCAGUGUGCCGGAACCACAAUAUGGCAGCAGUGUGGAGUAGUGGUUCGGGCUCUGGACUCUUGACCGGAGGGUCGUGGGUUCAAUCCCAGGUGGGGGGGACACUGCUGCUGUACCCUUGAGCAAGGUACUUUACCUAGAUUGCUCCAGUAAAAACCCAACUGUAUAAAUGGGGAAUUGUAUGUAAAAAUAAUGUAACAAUUGUAAGUCGCCCUGGAUAAGGGCGUCUGCUAAGAAAUAAAUAAUGAUAAUAAAUACAAAUUUAAAAUGAGCUGGAUUUGGGGGGGGGGGGGGGUACAUUUCCUGUGUUCUGUAACAAAAACAUCAAAAAAACGAUUUAAUUGCUUUUACUGUUUUUAAGAAAGAAAAUAUCAUUUUAAACUUCAUGUACAUAAAUUGUAUUUGCGUUUGUUUUUUUUUAUAUAGCUAUUUCCUGGAGAUGAAAAAAAAGAGAGGUUUUGUUUUGUAAAAUACUUUGAAAAAAAAAUGUUGUAGAUUUUAAAUUAUGCAAAUAAUAAUAAUAAUAAUAAAAAAAGUUAAAUAUAUAGCACUGGAUAAAAUGUUGGAGACAAACCUGAGAAUUUAUUUUUCAAACCACCACUCUACUAGAAUUUUGUGCUGGGCUGCAGAUUCUUCAAAGUGAUACUGAAUGUUGAGUCUUUUUCAUAACUAAACUCCUGUCCGUUUUUUUUUAAUUAAAAAAACACACCUUUGUACAACGUGCUGCAGAAUUACACAGUUUGCAAAUGAUAAACUAUGAAAAAAAAAUGAUAUACUCUAUAUACUUAACAUGGAGAAUAUAAACGCUUUCCUGUUUCAGGAAUUGAAUGGGAAAAGCGUUCUGUCACGAUGUUUUAGGAUGAGAUGUCUACGAGUAAUCAAAGAAACUGCAAAAUUAUUGAAAAAAGAAGUCUAUACCGGAAGCCAUAAUAGCAGUACAGUAGGAUUUCAUGUUAGAUUUCCAAAUGUCACAUUUUUCAGUUGUUAAGUAUAUGGAAAACUACAAAGCCGUGUGCGAUUCAAUAUGUCAACGUAACAUUAUUCAGCAGCUUUCACUCGACUUUGUUGCAAAACUUUUGGCCAGUUUUUAAAUGAAGUGAAAUUUUUUUUGGCUUGGGAUGAAACGGUUAUCGCUGGCAAGAUGAUUAUCGAUCCCGAUUCUGCAGUACGAUCAAUAAUUCUCCGGAUUGUUAUCAAUCAUUGUUUCAGCCCGACUGCCCAGCGUCCUGUAUCACUUAGAAUGACUUGAGGUCACACCCGCUGCAGGAUCUGCCCCGGCUCCUAGUGUUAAUUCUGUUACACCUAGUAUUGUGAAGUACUGUGCACAGUAACAUGUUCAGGGUGGUAUGCUUUGUUUACUAUUUGUGAUGAAAUAACCCUAUUGGAUUUACCUUUUUAAAUAAAUAAUAAUAUUAAUAAUUAAUAAUGAUAAUAAAUGUUUCUUUAAAUAUGA